AUGGAACGUAGAAAGAUUACAGAACUGGCUGAAGGUGCCACUCCACAGUGGCAAGUGGGAAAAUGUCUUAGAAGUGAGAAAUAUCGAACAAGUAUCAAUGGGACACAACUCUUUUAUAAGUCAAGCGAACAAACUUCCUUCAUUAGCGCUAGAAUGAGAGAUGGAAAUAUGAAAGGGAAGGAGAUUGAGGAUUUGAGAGUGCUUGAAAGACGUACUAACGAAUAA